AUGCCAGCGCCAAAGGCUGCGCCGGCGAGGCAUCGCCUCACUUUGGCACAAUUAUCUGCCUACGAUGACAUCUUGACGGAUGCACUGGUCGACCAUGUCUAUUACUGGACGACGGUCCCCAAGAAUCGCCCGUCAUAUCACCCCUCGCGGGGUCUGUCGGAGAACGCCAUUGCGAAGAUUAUUCAGGACGAGUUGGUCCUGUGGAAAGACUUGGCGGCGGCAGAGGAGAAGCUGCUUUCAAUGGAUGGACUGAGGAAGUUCAUGAACAAAUUGAAGACAGACAGGGAAAAGGACGACUUCAAGCGACACCUGCGACGGUACUUGCAGAUUUACCUGCCGGAUUGCCCUUGGGAGGUCAGCUCCACUAACCGAUAUACGAUUGUCUCGCAUGAAGCAAGUAUCACGGCAAGGCGGUACAUUAAACGUAAUGAAUCGAUCAAGUACCUGUCGGGUAUUCAGGUUGUCAUCACGCCCGAGGAAGAGACGGAGAUUGCGGCACGGAAGAAGGAUUUCAGCAUGGUCAUUAGCUCGAGGAGUAAGAGCACAAGCCUGUUCAUGGGUCCCGCGCGAUUUGCAAACCACGACUGUAAUGCGAAUGCCAAAUUGAUGACGACUAGCAACGCUGGCAUUGAGAUUGUUGCUAUACGUCCGAUUGAAUCGGGCGAAGAGAUUACUGUCACGUAUGGAGAAAGCUAUUUUGGCGAGGACAACUGCGAGUGUCUAUGCGGCACAUGCGAGAAGGGACUAAGGAACGGUUGGGAGCCUGAGGAAGGCGCCGUAAGUCUUCAGACAAGUGCGGAAGAAGACAGGCCCGAGACGUAUGCUCUGCGGCGACGUCGACGGGAGGAUAGCGUUGGUGGAUCUCGAACUCCCUCCGUUACACCUGGAAUUCGUCCGCGCGUUCCAAGAACCAAGGCAAAGAGCUCACGGCUCAGUAAUGCUCACGGUUCGUCCGCCGCGGUGUCGCCGGCGCCUGGCUCACCAGUCGGCCGAAAACGAAAGGCUGAUACCAUGGCAACGCCGCCCAUCACACCGGCAAAGAAGCCCAAACACACGAUUGAACAAGAGCUCCGUCCUGCGGCUUCAAGAGGAAGUUCUGUAAGCGAGAGUAUAUUGUCAAGUAAUGGGGAGGCUAUUGAGACAGAUGUCACAUCGCCCGAGAAGGACAGUCCUGAGCCCGUGCCUGAGACGCCAAUCAGGUUGUUGGCAAAUCGGCUGAAGGGGAGCGCCGACCAAAAAGAAGACCACACCAUUACAGCCAUUGCACCCUUUUCCCCUGAGAGCAUACAGAGUCAACAGUCACCACAAUCCACCAAGGACGGCGACACGAACGAAUCAUCCGCGACGUUGAAACCAGAACUCAGCGCCAUGUCAAUAUCGGCUAUUCUAAACGCACCUAGCAGCUCUGAGCCGGAGGUUACGGCUCCUAUUUCCGCGAGCAUAGAGGCAGUUGAUAUGUCCCAAAUAGCCACAAACGUUGACGAAGAAGAGCAGCCUCGGCCCAAGAGCAGACGACGCAGUUUUAGUAAGCAGGCUUCACCCCCAGCCAAGGUGCGCAGACCUGGUGAUUACGUUCUCACGCCAUUACUUCUUUCUGAGCCGGAAAUGGCAUGGAUUCAAUGCACAGUCUGCAACGCAUACUUUGUACAGCAAAACGCUUACUACACGCGGUCGGCGUGCCCCCGCUGCGAACGACAUUCCAAGUUGUACGGAUACAUCUGGCCCAAGACUGAAAAGGCAGGGCCCUCGGAUAAGGAGGAGCGGAUCCUGGAUCAUAGGAUUGUGCAUAGAUUCCUAGACACGAAUGACGAGCGCAAAGCUCGAGGCAGAAAGUGUUUGCCGGAGAGGGAGGAGACAGAAGAGCCGAGUGAGCCCGAGAGGGGUCGGAGAUUACUGCGUGCACCAAUCAAGAAGGAGAAGUCUAGCGACGAAGUUCAAGACUCGGUGACGGUCAAACUUAUCGAAGAGUCGGGACUUAGGCGAAGCGGGAGACCCAGAAAGUGUAGGUGCGGGUAG